CAUGCAUGAGCACAUUCUGGAAAUGACCACCUUAGCAGUGUAAUUAAAGACCUUGAAAAUGACCAUGGAUGAGUAUUUCUUGGUACAAUUUAUACUCAAUUCCUUGCCUCCAGAGCAAUACGACCAUUUCAAAUGAACUAUAACACUAUAAAGGAUAAGUCGAACGUUAAUGAAUUGACUAGUAUGCUCAUUCAAGAGGAGAUGAGGCUGAAGUACCAAAGAGCUCAUACCGUUUAUUUCCUGAAGCAUCAAGAAGCUGGGAAAAGUUUCAAGAAGAGAAGUGGUAAGAGUAAGAAGAAAGGUCCUUGUAACUUGAACAAUUUUUUGAAAGGUGCUCAUAAAGAACCUAUGGUUGUUAAGUGUCACUUUUGUAAGAAAAGUGGACACAUGAAUAAAGACUGUCUGAAACGUAAAGCUUGGUUCGAAAAGAAAGGGGUUCCUUACGAUCCAAACCACAAGGCCAAAUGAAAGUUUCGUGUUCAUGGGGAAUAAAAGCAAAGCUCCCAUUGAAGGCAUUGACACUUACCGUUUGAUUCUG